AUGGCGACGACGGGGACGUUCGACGGGCGAAAGCGGGCGAUCACGCGUGAGUUAGCGUCGGCCGCGGAUGACGCGGAGGGCGGGGGGGAUCGAAGUCGCGCGGGGCGCGUCGACGCGCGGUGCGCGGCGUUGGUGCGAGAGAUUUGCGCGAGUGAGGACUUUUUUACCACGAGUAGUUGUAGCGGACGGGUGAGCGUGUUCGCCGAUCGCUCUUCGGUGGACGCGCGAGAGGAGCGGAAGGGAGGGACGUGGGCGUACGUCUCGCACGAUCCGGCGAACGCGCGGGAGGUGAUCGAGGCGCUGCGCGCGCACGAGGGCGCGGACGCGGACGACGGCGACGGCGGCGACGGCGAGCGAAGCGAACGCCCGACGCUGGUGUUGCGGUUCGAACCGUUUAUAUUGGCCGUGGAGGCGAGGGAUUUGGAGCGUGGGGCGGCGUUCGUGCGAAUGGCGCGCGAGUGCGGGUAUCGAGAGAGCGGGAUCACGGCGUGCGAGAAGCGCGUGGUGUGCUCGGUUCGAUGCCAGCUUCGCAUGGAGGCGCCCGUCGUGGUGGACGGCGCGCGCGUGUGCGCGGACGACGCGAUCGAGAUCUUGGUGCGCGUGGCGAAUGAAAAGUUUCACGUCAAUGCGGCGAGGAUGGAACGGUUUCGGGAGGCUUUCCGGGAGAUGUGUGCGAAGAAGGCGGCGGGCGAGGACGAGGACGCCGAUGGGGGAGCGGUUGCGACAAAGAUGUGUUUAGAGGUGAAGAAGGAGAGCGCUAAGGCGGUAAAAGACGCACUCAAGCGAUGUAAAUGGUUGGACUUAACUCGCAAAGCGGCGAUGCUGAAGGCAUCGAACGGAGAUGUCGAGAGCGUUGUCUUGCCGGUGAAAUCGGUCGCAGCUUUGGUGGACAACGCGGACGCAUCGUCGGACGACGAGAAGUUCGUCCUGCUCGCGAUCGAACGCGGCGAUGCGAAGUUAAGAAAUGAUGACGGCGCCACGAACGGUGGUUUGAUACUGGCGCAGAAGAAACAGACACAGAAUCCCGUGACUCAGAUGAAACAAGAGCUGUCCGCGAUGCUUCACGCGCGAGGCCUCAGGGAGAGCUUGGUGCAAGAGGUGUCGACCCGGUGGGAAAAGUUUGGAGACUUAGUCCUCGUCCCCGCGCAGGCAUUUUCGGCGAAUGAGUUCAAAUCAUUCCAGGAUGAUCUGUACGGAAUGGUCGCACGCGUCCUCGGGGUGACGCGUGUCGCGCGUCAAGCUCCGGUGAGCCAAGGUCCAAAGAGAGAGUCACGCGCAGUCAUGAUGUACCCACGGGACGCCGACGGAUGGGUCGAAACUAAAGAGUUAGGUGUAACGUACGGUUUGGACGUAACAAAGGUGAUGUUUAGCAGCGGUAACGGGACCGAGAAGCAAAGGAUGGCCAACAUCGGCGCAGACGGUGAAACCAUCGUCGAUUUAUUCGCCGGCAUCGGGUACUACACGUUGCAACUACUAAAGAAUGCGGGUGCAGCCAAGGUGUACGCGUGCGAAUGGAACCCCAAUAGUUGCGAGGCGUUGCGCUAUAAUCUUCGCGUGAAUGGAUUGGAAUCGAAAUGUGAGGUCUUGGAGGGGGACAAUAGACGCGUUGCUCCGAUAGGAGUGGCGGACAGAGUGCUGCUCGGUUUGCUUCCGCACGCCGAAAUGUCGUGGGAGACGGCGUUGAAAGCGCUGAAACCUCAAGGCGGGGUACUCCACGUGCACUCGAAUGUAAACAGUGGUGAAGAAGAGGAGUGGACUGAGCGUCUCGUCGCAGAGUUGAAGGCACUCGCGACCGCCAAUGGGCGUGACGAUUGGGAUGUUGUCGUCGAGCACCUUGAGCGUGUCAAGUGGUACGGACCUCGCAUUCGUCAUGUCGUUUGCGAUGUGAGAUGCACUAGUAGAGUGACGCGUCGCGAUGAAGGCGCCGUCGGUACCGUGUCGCCAGCGCGAAACGGUUCCGGUUUGACUACUGGCAAGACUCCUUUGGCUGCCAAGUCACGUGUAGAUCGCCUCCACCGCCCAGAUGCGCAACAUUUCAUUAAAUCUGUGGCCACGAAACGAGUGCCUAUCGUACUCAGUGGACUGGACAUUGGUCAGGCACCGUGGACUUGGACGCCGCAGUAUUUGUCCAAGCUCGAGGGGCUUCCAGACAAGGCUGUGAGCGUGCACGUGAGUCAAGAUCCGAAACUGGACUUUGUGCGAAAAAAUUUCACGUACCAGGUGAUGCCGUUCGGCGAACUCCUAGACAAGGUUGCCAAUGACGGCGGCGAACGCUUUUAUUACCUGCGAAGCAUCGGUGAAAACCCACGAAAAGAACCCGCGCACGCGAUUCGUCAAUUUCCAUGCCUUGAGCACGACUUAAAGUUACCGACAGAACUUUGGGGAGGGGAGGAAAACUACUUCAGCUCGGUCAUUCGCGUGAGCAGUGGCGGUCUUCAGCUGUGGACGCACUACGACGCCAUGGAUAACAUGCUAAUUCAACUCCACGGGGAGAAACGCGUUUUUUUGUUCCCUCCAUCUGUCUCUGGUGAUCUCUACCUCGAGGGGUCGUCGUCGAUCGUUCGAGAUAUCGACUCGCACGAUCCAGAGACGUUUCCUCGAUUCGCUCGCGCAAGAGAAGCAGCUCUGGAGGUAAUUUUACAACCGGGAGAUGUGUUGUACAUCCCGGCUCUUUGGGCACAUCAUGUCACCGCACUGCAGGGUCCUUCCAUCGCGGUCAACGUUUUCUACAGACAUCUUCCUACGGAGAUGUAUCCGUCAAAGGAUUUGUACGGCAACGCCGAUCCCGUACCCGCGGCUGAAGCGAUGAAAUUGAUCGAUUCGGCGAUGGAAUCGUUGAAGAAGCUCCCGCAUGAUUACAAAGUGUUCUAUGCAGGCGUAGCGUCGUCACAAUUAGAAAAUAACCUAGGCGUCACCUCGGCUCGGAAGCUUUUAUCCAUGGAUGACGGCUGCGCAACGCGCAAGUCGAGCGACAAGAAGUUGUCUUCUUUAAAUCGGGUGUCUCGCGCUUUAGGAGUGGCAACGAGUGUAGGCAUUGCUAUGAUGGCUAUUAGAAAGCUAUAG